AUGGCGGCGGCCGCGCCCAGGGAGCCGCCUCAGGGUGGUGUGACCUUUGAGGACAUUGCCGUGUACUUCUCCUGGAAGGAGUGGAUGCUUCUUGAUGAGGCUCAGAGACGGCUGUACCACCAUGUGAUGCUGGAGAACUUUACACUUAUAUCCUUUGGUGUGACCUUUGAGGACAUUGCCGUGUACUUCUCCUGGAAGGAGUGGAAGCUUCUUGAUGAGGCUCAGAGACGGCUGUACCACCAUGUGAUGCUGGAGAACUUUACACUUAUAUCCUCACUGGGUUGCUGCUGUGGAGCAGAGGAUGAGGCACCCUUUGCCCAGAGCACUUCUGUAGGCAUGUCACAGACCAGGACGCCCAAGGCAGCUCAGUCUUCCCGGAAGACCCACCCCUGUGAGAUGUGUGGUCCAGUCCUGAGAGACAUUUUCCACUUGGCUGCGCACCAGGGAAAAGAAAACAGCCAGAAACUGUUGAGGUGUGGGGCCUGUGGGAAACGAUUUUAUUUCAUUACUAACUUCAGAAAACGUGAGAAACCGCACAUGGGAGAGAAACCCUUCAGAAGCCGUGUGGACAGGGCCUCUGGUGUGAAGAGCUGGGGAUUCCAUGGUUCAGGAAAGCCCCUUACCUGUGGAGAAGUUCAGAAGGACUUCCUGUCUGGCUCGGGGCAUCUGCAGCAAGAAGCCACUGAUACUGGGGAGAAGCCACACACGAUCACCCAGUGCAGGGCAACUUUACAAAGCAGAAAAAGUCAUGACACUUGGGGAGAAUUCAAGAACACCUUUAGUCCCAAACACACACAUAUUCAGGAGCAGGGUGUCCACCUUGGAAGACAGUCCUUUGUGUGCAGUGAAUGUGGGAAAACAUUCAGGUACAAAUCUUUAUUUGCCAUACACCAGAGAUACCAUACUGGAGAAAGAUAUGAGUUUUAUAAAUGUCGUGGCUGCACAAAAUCUUUUCCCUCUAUGUCUGCCCUCUGUUAUCAUCAGAGAUCUCACACAGAGGAAAGACCUUAUGAGUGCAGUGAUUGUGGGAAAUGUUUUACCAGUAGUUCUGUCCUCCACUAUCACCAGAGAGUUCACAGUGGAGAACGGCCUUAUGAAUGCAGUAAAUGUGGCAAGUCCUUUCUCCGAAGAAAUAGCCUCAAUGUUCACAUAAAGGUUCACUCAGGUGAAAGGCCUUAUAAAUGUAACGCAUGUGGGAAAUCUUUAAAGUAUAAGUCAGCAUUCAUUAAACACCAGAGAGUUCACACAGGAGAAAGGCCUUAUGAGUGCAGCGAAUGUGGCAAGUCCUUUCUCCAAAGAAAUACUCUGAAUGUACACAUAAAGGUUCACUCAGGUGAAAGACCUUAUAAAUGUAACGAAUGUGGUAAAUCAUUUAAGUUUAAGUCAACAUUCAUUAAACACCAGAGAAUUCACACAGGAGAGAGGCCUUAUGAGUGUAGUGAAUGUGGGAAAUCUUUUAUCUCUAGGACUGACCUACGGUAUCAUCAGAGAAUUCACACAGGAGAGAGACCUUAUCAGUGCAGCGAAUGUGGCAAGUCCUUUGUCCGAAGAAAUAUCCUCAAGGUACACAGAAAAGUUCACUCAGGUGAAAGGCCUUAUAAAUGUAAUGAAUGUGGGAAAUCUUUGAAGUGUAAGUCGUCGUUGAUUAAACACCAUAGAAUUCACACAGGAGAAAGGCCUUAUGAGUGUAGUGAAUGCGGGAAGUCUUUUAUCACUAGUUCCGUGCUUCAUUCUCACCAGAGAGUUCACACUGGAGAAAGGCCUUACGAAUGCAGUGAAUGUGGGAAAACUUUUACCACUAGUUCUGUCCUCCGUGAUCACCAGAGACUUCAUACUGGAGAAAGGCCUUAUGAAUGCAGUGAAUGUGACAAAACUUUUACUACAAGUUCUGCCCUCCAUUAUCACCACAGAGUUCACACUGGAGAGAGACCUUAUGCGUGCAGUGAAUGUGGCAAGUCCUUUGUCCGAAGAAAUAGCCUGAGUGUGCACCUGAAGGUUCACUCAGGUGAAAAGCCUUAUAAGUGUAAUGUAUGUGGGAAAUCAUUGAAGUGUAAGUCAACAUUCAUUCAACACCAGAGAAUUCACACAGGAGAAAGGCCUUAUGAGUGCCGUGAUUGUGGGAAAUCUUUUUCCGCUACCUCUGUCCUUCGUUCUCACCAGAGAGUACACACGGGAGAAAGACCUUAUGAGUGCAGUGAAUGUGGAAAAUCUUUUACCUCUAGUUCUGCCCUCCGUUCUCACCAAAGAGUGCACACCGGAGAAAGGCCUUAUGAGUGCAGUGACUGUGGCAAGUUCUUUCUCCACAGAAAUAGCCUCAAUGUACACAUCAAGGUUCACUCAGGUGAAAGACCCUAUACAUGUAAUGAAUGUGGGAAAUCUUUGAACUAUAAGUCAACGUUCAUUCAACACCAGAGAAUUCACACAGGAGAAAAUCCUUAUGAUUGUAGUGAAUGUGGGAAAUCUUUUACCACUAGUUCUGUCCUCCGUGAUCACCAGAGACUUCACACUGGAGAAAGGCCCUAUGAGUGCAGUCAGUGUGGGAAGUCUUUCACCACUCGUUCUGUCCUCCGUUCUCAUCAGAGAGUUCACUCUCGGGAAAGGCCUUAUGAGUGCAGUGAAUGUGGCAAGUCCUUUGUCCGAAGAAAUAGCCUCAAUGUACAUGUAAAGGUUCAUUCAGGUGAAAAGCCUUAUAAGUGUAAUGAGUGUGGGAAAUCUUGGAAGUGUAAGUCGACGUUCAUAAAACACCAGAGAAUUCACACAGGAGAAAGGCCUUUUGCUUGCAGUGAGUGCGGGAAAUCUUUUCUCAGUCAUGAUGCUCUUAGUUAUCAUCACAGAGUUCACAGCGGCAACAGGACUUAG